GCCACAAACUUAUGUGAGCUGAACAUUGAACGUGACUGUGAAGGUUGAAUUCUUGAACAUGGGACAGAAUACCUCGACUAUUACACAGACUUACAAACCCGAACCUGGCACUCUUUCUAGAUCCAAAGUUCCUUAUCCACCAUUCGAACUUGGAAAACCUCGUUUUGAUCAGAGUACAUACUUAGGUCGCUUGAGUCAUAUCUUAGAUAUAACAGACCCAAAACUGUUGCUUACUCCAAAGGAGAAAGUGGAAUGUGCUGUAGAAUUCCUAGAUGAUUAUAAAAAUGGAACGGCCCCUAAAUAUUCAGAUGAGCAGUUGUGGCAGUGGCAAAGAAUUAAAAAUUCAUUCUUUCAUCCAGACACAGGAGAAAAAAUAUAUGCACCAUUUAGAAUGGCAGGUUUUGUUCCUUUUGGAUCACCAAUUAUAAUAGGUCUGCUAUGGCCAAAUCCAAGUUUUGCAGCCACCAUAUUUUGGCAGUGGUUAAAUCAGACACAUAAUGCUUGUUUUAAUUAUUCCCACAGAAAUGCUUCAAAGCACACACCUUUUAACAAAUAUUUAGAGGGAUAUGCUGGAGCUGUAACCAGUGCAGUUACUAUUGCUGUUGGUCUUCAGGCACUAGUAAAGAGAGCUAACAUGUUUAGUCCAACAACCAAAAUGUUAAUACAGAGAUUUAUACCAUUCCCAGCAGUGGCAUCAGCAAACAUAUGUAAUGUAGUAUUAAUGAGAAAAAAUGAAUUAGAAGAUGGAAUUGAAGUUUUAGAUGACCAGAAUAAUAUCGUUGGUACUUCAAAAAUUGCUGCUAAAAGGGCUUUAACAGAAACCGCAAUAACCAGAGUAGUUUUGCCAAUCCCAAUUCUUAUUUUUCCUCCAAUAAUUAUGUCAGUUUUAGAAAGAAGUAAAUAUCUUACGUAUAAUCGUGGAAUGCGUAUUUUCUGGCAUUCUAUAGUUGUUACAGCCUGUUUUGCCAUUGCUCUACCCCAUGCAAUAGCAUUAUUUCCACAGAAUUCCCAGAUAAAUGUAAGUGAAUUAGAAGAAGACUUUAAAGACAAAACAGCCCAAACUGUACUGUACUACAAUAAAGGCCUAUAGAAUUGUAAUCAUUAUAUUUGUGACUUGUUUUAUACAUGUUUAUAUACAGAUGUAUUUUUAAUAAAAUGAAUUGAAGGAAGGAUGGCACAAAUUAUUAACUUGAUUUUAGGGAAGAAUCAGGACAUGUUAUAUAAGCUGACAUUGCCAAAAAAAUUAAUGAUAACUAUAAGUGCUAUUUUUCGGCAUUCAUCUUUAAGGUUUUAAGGAAUCUUGUCCUCCAAAACUACUUAGCCAAUUGGAAUAUAAAUUAUCAUGAAUUGUGUUUGGGAGGUAUAAUAUAGAACAAGAAUAUUUGAUUAUAGUGCCCCAUGAAGGUAAAGGGUACUUGAAGCCCUUACUUUUGAGUGAUCUGAGAAAUUACCAGAGUUUGAAUAUAUGGUUUUUAGUAGUUUAUUUCUAUUAAUAACAAUAGGAUAAUAAAAAGUAGAGGGAGAAAUACAUGUAGACAACCUUCUCUACAUUAAAAUCUUGAGUUAUAUUCAGCAUGUUGGAUGAUAUGAAGUUUAGUAGGGUUGCUACUAUUUUGAGAUUUCACAUAUAUUUAAAAUAUACAAGAUAGCAGCUAUUUCAGGGAACCAAUUCACAGAUAUUAAGCAUAUGAUGAUGUAGUGACCCUUCCUUCAUAGUAAGAUUAUGGUGAUGAGCUGUUAUCAAAGUUGGCUGUUACAACAACUUAUUUUAACAGAACACAAUUGGAAGUAUACACAUUGGUUUCUCCUCUAAAAUCAAUUUGUAGAUUGGUUUUUUUGCUAUUCAUGAAUGAUUUGAUUGUGAUUUCACUUACAAUUUGUGAUUUAUAUGCUUAAUUUAAUUUAAAAUAUAUACCAACUUGGAACAAUUCCUUUGAAAAACCAAAAAAGACAUUCUUUUACCAGCCAUAAUAUUUAUUAAUCAAACGUUUACAAUUUCAUUCUAUAUUUUCUAUUAUUUUGAUAUAUUUUACAUUCUCUAUUGAAAAAAAUUGAUUCUUGAAAAUUAUUUUAGAUAUCAGACGAAAACAUUUAAAGAACUUUUAAGUGAGGGGAAAAGAUAAAUGACAGCUGAUUAGUGCUAAACUAAACUAAAUGAUUUUUCUUGGAUUUCUUAGUAGCUGUCCUAUCAUCGUAUACCCCUGAUUUAGUCUAUUUAUAUUUUACAUGAAAUGAUAUAUGAUUAAUAACUCUUUUUUUACUCCCCAAAAAUAGUAUUAUUCACUGCAUUGAACAUUUAGGAUCUAUUGCAAUGAAUUUUGUAUAGUAGGGAAGAGUAAGAGGUGUCUUUUUUGUGUCAAAUCAAAUAUUCACUUAUUAUAAAUCUGUAGCUAAAAAAACACCAUAGUUAGUAUGCAGUCAUAUUCAGAAAACAUUCAAUCUCCUAUAAUUGUUAAAAAUGUGUCUGUUUUAAGAUAAUCACGUAAUGCAUACUCAUUGGUUAAUAAUGUGUCACAACUUAUUAUGUACAAAUAAUUAUUUGUUUUUAUAUAAAUGAUACAUAUAGCUAUAA